AUGCAAGUGAUAUGCAUUGUUCUCAGCAUGGUUGCGCUCGUGCCCCAAGAAGUCAUUGAUGCGGUAGCGGCGUUUGUCGACUGCUACAUGCUGGGGUGUCGGCGUUGGUACCACACGGAAGGCACUCUUGACGAAUUACGACGUGACAUCAAGAGCCCACGGUGCCUCGCAUCCCAUUACUCUCCUCCCCCCAACUCCUUGUUCCCUCUGCAGCCUGGUGCAGCCCACGGUGCCUCGCAUCCCAUUCCUAUCCCCCCCCCCAACUCCUUGUUCCCUCUGCAGCCUGGUGCAGCCCACGGUGCCUCGCAUCCCAUACCUCUUCUCCCCCCAACUCCUUGUUCCCUCUGCAGCCUGGGGCAGCCCACGGUGCCUCGCAUCCCAUCCCUCUCCUCCCCCCAACUCCUUGUUCCCUCUGCAGCGUGGGGCAGCCCACGGUGCCUCGCAUCCCAUCCCUCUCCUCCCCCCAACUCCUUGUUCCCUCUACAGCGUGGGGCAGCCCACGGUGCCUCGCAUCCCAUCCCUCUCCUCCCCCCAACACCUUGUUCCCUCUGCAGCCUGGUGCAGCCCACGGUGCCUCGCAUCCCUUUCCUCUCCUCCCCCCAACUCCUUGUUCCCUCUGCAGCGUGGGGCAGCCCACGGUGCCUCGCAUCCCAUCCCUCUCCUUCCCCCAACUCCUUGUUCCCUCUGCAGCUUGGUGCAGCCCAUUGA